GGAACGCACGGACCUAUUUGCUGUGACCCUACCGGAUUCUAACCCAGAAUGCCAAAAUAAAGGAAUACAUUUUCAGUUCUAAAAGGACGCAUCCGCGUUAAGAAUGAUGGAUGAAAACACAGAGUUAUCUGUGACGAUCGCUCGGUUGGUCCAACGCCUGACGGGAAGCCAUUUGCACUCCCAAAUAGAGCAGCAAGCUAAAGAGUGUCUUCACCAACCGGAGAUUAAACUGGAAUAUCUGAAAGAAGAUGUGCGUAGUUUCCUGAAAUCAUCAGGCUGGGAAAGAAAGCUCCAGAAUGCAGUGUAUAGAGAAUUACACAUCCAGCUGCCUUUGAGUCACCCGGGGGCCACCGCAGAGCACCUUAAAGAGCCCCUAGCCUACAUGCGCAAAGCCCAGGCCAGCUGGGAGAGGCGCAUACUGAAAAGCCUGAACAGCAUGAGCACAGAGUUGGGAGUCCCUCUGGCGCGUUUGAGGCCAGCUGCCGAGCAACAGGAGCUAGCCAACAAGUGGAACGAGAUGGGCACGGAUGAACCAGACUUAAGCCGCUUCAGGCCGGUCUAUGCCCCCAAAGACUUCCUGGAGGUGGUUGUUGGCUUGCGGAACCCCAACCACAACAGCAGCGAGGACAUCUGCGCCAGGAGCCACUGGGGCCUCAUCCAGGUGCCCCUACACGUUAAUGACAUCCCACAGCUGAGACGAGCCUACUCGGAACUCAGCCUCGCCGCUGGACAGUUGGGGAUCGAUGAUAACGCACAUAUCCAUCCAGAUGCAUUUGAAAACGACUAUGUUGACAUUGGAAAAAAAGUGCUUGCAGAGCAGGACAGUGCAGCGGCGCAGCAGUACAGCAGACAGGGCUGCCCCACUGGGCUCCGGGCUGACCUUUGGGCCCUGAUUCUCAAUUCAGUCAAUCAUCCGCAGGAUGUUCUCCAUUAUGAGCAACUAAAGGCGGGAGUCAUCCAACAUGACCUGCUGGUGGAUAGCCUUAUCUACAAGGAUGUGAAGCUGACUGCCAGCAAUGAUGACUACUAUUUUGUCUUUGAGGACUUCCUUUAUCAGGUGCUCCUGUGCUUCUCCCGGGAUGCUGCCGUCCUGGAGCACUUCAAGUACAACAGUGCGACUCCUCCCAAAUCCUCUGUGCAGGGCAAAGAAGAUGAUGUGCAGCGUGACGUUUUUUAUCCUCCCAAUGGUGUUAUCCCCUUUCAUGGCUUCUCAAUGUAUGUGGCGCCUCUCUGUUUCCUGUACAACGAACCGUCCAAGCUGUACAGCGUCUUCAGGGAGAUGUACACACGCUACUUCUUCAGACUUCAUUCCAUCUCCUCUGCGUCUUCGGGUAUUGUGUCUCUGUGUCUACUCUUUGAGAGGCUCCUGCAAGCACACCUGCCUCAGCUUUUCUACCACCUGCGACAGAUGGGAGCACAGCCGUUGCGCAUUGCCUUCAAGUGGUUGGUGCGAGCCUUUUCAGGCUAUCUCUGCACUGACCAGCUUCUUUUUCUAUGGGACAGAAUCCUUGGCUACGACUCGUUGGAGCCUGUCGCAGUCCUGGCAGCCGCUGUCUUUGCCUUUCGUGCUGAGAACCUGAUGGAAGUGACGUCCCUAGCUUCAGCUGAGGCCGUCCUUGCAGACCUUUCAACCCUCCGGGUCAUGCCUCUCCUCCAGAUCUUCCUGUUCGCCACAGCCGUCUAAACAAGCGUCACCGUGACACAUGACAGUAUGUUUGAUGUCUAAUCACCACUUCCUGUGUCCACAAACAGUGUAGUCGAACGCUGUUUGAAAUCAUUCCGCUUUGCCUAUUUAUUCUGCUUUUGUCUUGUUUUUUUUAUAACUUAUUUGCAUAAAUGAAGAGAUUGUUGAUAGUGUAAAGUAAUACAGAAAAAUAAUACAUAAAAAAAUCCACACCUACACAUAGUUGUGUUGAAAAGACAUGUUUAAAUUGGAAGUCGGAGUAAAGCAGCAGCAGCAAUGGUAACAAUAAGUUAAGUGUCGCAACAGUAAAUAACACUUGUAUCCGUCCUCAUUAUAAAACCAUUUGACACAAGCAAAAAACCCUUUCCAGUAGAGCAGCUCAACAAGUGCAUGAAAGGUUAACAGGAAUUGCAAAAGAAAGAAUAAAAACAAGACAUAUUCUACAUGUAAACUGAAUAACAAUUUCAUAGAAAAUGUCCAAUGAAUUAGCUUCAGUCUCUGCUGUUGCUGGGGAAACAAUCACCUUGUUCGCAUAUACAAGACUGCUGUCAUAAAAAUGAUGAUUUUACCCACAAUUACAAACAGAAUUGAAGAUAAAUUCAUCUUAGUGCAUUUUUGGACAUCGCAUACACUUGAUAUCAAUAUAAAAAAAACGUGCAUUUUUUUUGUUUGUAGUUCAUGUAAACAUGAAGUAUUCCUUCACUGAGACACAGCGUUGUACGAUACUGCAUGUGUGUAAAUGUGCAACACACUUCAAGCCAGUAACACGUCAUCGGAGCUCAAAUACAAACACAUAAAUAAAUAAUAUAAUAGCAUAAAAAACAAA